AUGGCUGAUGAAAUAGAAGUUCCUCUAACGUUUAGUGAGCGAAUAGCAAAAUAUGCAGAAGCUGAUAAGCCAUUAAGAAAUCCAGAUUCACCAGAAUGGUUCAAUAAGGAAACAAACGAAAUGUAUAAGAAAACGUUUUUUUGGGCAGCACCAUACGAUGCACGUUUUCCACAGAUUCGUAAACAGCGUCAAUGUUUCACGUAUUAUGUUGAUUUUCAUCGUUGUAAAGAACUUAUGGGUGACGAUUAUAAACCAUGCAAAUUUUUCGAAAAUGUUUAUAGAGAUAUUUGUCCUCGAUCAUGGAUUGCACAGUGGAAUGAAUUAGUUGAAGAAGGACGUUUUCCAGCGAAAUUUGAUCGUAUGUCAACAAUUGAUGAGGAGGAAUUGAAACGUCGUGAAUCAUAUCUCCGAGCUUGUAACCGUCCAUAUAAUCUAGUUGAUCCGUUUACCUGGUCGUAUCCGGCAAAAACGGCCACUUUUACAUUUUUUGGCCUUUUCUCACUUCAUUGUUUUUACGCAGCUUGGUCAAGGAAACCAGUCUAUUUUGCUGGCGGUGCUCGUUUUUUGACGGCAAUUGCUCUAUCAGCUUUCGGUUACGGUUUAGCAGUUCUCCGAGAAUAUCAUAAUAAAACGCGAGACGCAGUAACAGAACAUUAUAUAUCGCUUCAUCCGGACGAUUUCGGUCGCGUUCUAGAUCAUUACGGUCGACCAUAUUCGCAAUUACUUUUACCUUGGAUCCCUCGACGUACUCAAUACAGGCGAUACGAUUAG